CUCUGAGACAAGUCCUGCUGAAGUCCCGCGAUACCGGUACAAGCCACUCUCUUGGGAGACUCCAGAGUUCUAUCUGUCCUCGAAGGCCAGCUGCCUGGCGCCCCCGCGCCGCGCGAAGUGCCAGCGGCCUCAAAAACCUGUGCCCCUCCUUGCAUGGGAAACAGUGUGUGGUGACGCCGCCGACGCCCGAGAAACGGCGCCGCCCGCGCUGUGCCUGAAACAGUGCUGUAGCGCCGCCGCGACGAUAGGAACGCCGCGGCGCCCCCCCUGUACAUAGCUUGCUCCCCCGCUGUCGCCCGCCCGUUCGCUCGCAACAAACAACAACCAUGGUCCACGAAACCGACCUCCAAGCCCUGCGCUGCGAGGAGCGCCUCGAGUUCUGGGAGGCCGAGGCGACGGACGGGCCCGUGCCGGCGUCCGUCGUCGACUGGGAAACGGAAAUCGGCGGCUGGACGCUCGAGGGCGACGCCCAGGCCGCGCGCGCGGCCAUCGCGCCGCCCGCUCCCCCACCCGAGGCGCCGCCGGCCGUGCCCUCGCCCGCCUCCGCGCCGUCGUCGACGCACUCCGCGAAGCGGAGAUCUCCGGACGACGCGCCGAGCGCGCCGUCGCCGAAACGGACAAAAACAGCAACCGCACCCGCGGCGGAGGAGGGUUUGCGCGCGAUCGGCGUCAACGCGAACGUGGACCCGCGCUUGCUCCAGCAAGCGAACUGGUCCGAGAUCUUGGCGGGUAUCGCAGCUCUGCUAGAGUUCAUGAUGCGAGCACGAGCCGAGGUCGAGGACCAGCCACCUGAAAAAACGGUGCAGGCCUUCGAAGAUAGUGUCGCGGCGGAGCCGAACUUGGCUACUAUUAGAUCUUUCUUGAGAGAUAUGGCGAAGAUCUGUCGGUAUACGCCGGAGUGCAACGUCAUCGCGUUGAUCUUACUUAUUCGGUUCUUCGCCUACCAGCCCUCGCUGAAAUUGACGGACCGGACGUGGCGGCGGUAUUUGCUCACAGCGCUCAUGAUCAGCCAGAAGUACUGGGACGACCGGUGCCUGCGGAAUAUCGAUUUUACCGUCGCGUGGCGCUGCGCCUUGCCUGGGCAAACUUUAGAGCUGGAGGCCGUGAACGCCAUGGAGAAGUUCUUUCUGACGGGCAUCGGCUACGACCUGUACAUCCAGCCGGACAAGUACACGGCCUGUUUGACCGAGGUCCGGUCGAUCGUCGGCGGCGGCGGUAAGGGGUAGUUUUGGGGUUGAUCGAUCGGGCGUAACAUAAUUUGUACUCAUCAGA